AGAAAAAAGAGAAAAAACAUGGGAUGAACAGUUGCAAAAUGACAGCUUUCAUUUAUAAAAAGAAAAUUGUGAAGUUCGUAAAAAAACAAGAUUUCCCAAUAAACUUUUAAUUGAUAGUGAUUUGAUUUAUCGGAUCGUAGAAACAGAUUUUUAAACUAAUGAUAAGCAUGGGGACAUUUUUGUAGAAGUGAAAUUUGUGUUGUGUGUUGUCAAAAAUGGCUCAUUAUUCUCAUCAAUGAAUGGAGGAUAAUAUGAUAACAAAUGAACGAAUUAAUUUAAUAACGGAAGAAGACGGUGACAAGGUUCAAAAGCCCAUGGAGGAGCCGCCUGAGGAGUGGGCGCCGUGGAGCCUGGUGGUGGCCACCAAGAAUCCGAACGCCCCGCCGCCUGUCGCCGUCAAAACCGCUCCGGGGCCUGCCUGGGACAUAGGACAGGUCUUAAAAGCAGCUCGACUUCUGUGCAAGCCACCGCUUGCCGUCGAGUUUGAACAUGAGCAAGAGAUGCGAUGUGUCUACUCGCUCAUCUAUGAUGUCUUUCGAUAUAAGUCUAUUUUGGACCAAGCAAUCGAAGACAUAGAGUUCUUUGAGGACUAUCCAGAGAUAGCAAAACAUCGUCACGCAGUAUGGUUAUUCUUGAUGGAGUUGGCCAGACGCCGUUGGGGAGCAAGACCUCGAAGCGAGAUCGAAAGGGCCACUCGUCUGCUGAACGAAGCUGGAUCACCCUUCAAGGACAUCGAGAAUACUAUCUGGAAUCAGAGGGUGCACUUCGCUGCUGCCAUCGCCAGGAUACGCAUCAAGAAUAAGGCUUUCUCGUUAUCAGACCUGCUGCCAGCCCAUUUGCGUGAUGAGCGUAUAUCGGCGUGUGUACACAAAGAGAGUGUCACGGGAUGGGUCAACACCUUCAAGGCAAAGAAAGUAGCACAAUUAGUCAAAAGGUUACACGAGCUAGGAUAUUCGUACAGCAACUCUCGUCAACUUUGCGCCGGGGAGUACAGAUUCGAUCGCGUGUGUCCAAGGUUUAUUACGCUUCGUCCACCUGAAAGUGUCAACGUAGGGCAACUGGAUUUGGUAAAAAAUGGUGUCAUAGUUCUUCAGGAGCGUGAGUUCUGCGAAGGAGCAUCAACCUUAUGCAGAGCUUUGCGAGCUAAUUCCCUACGAGGUGUGGUGGCUCAGACCCAUGCAUCUUCACCCCGAUGCUCAGCAUACCUGGCCGCUCAACUACGCGAGCUGGCAGCUGUAUUGAAAGCCAAGGCACCGGCCGCGCCAGCCACGCCCGAACUUGGAAAGCUGGUGGUCUUCGGUGCUGGGGAUAAAGUGGAGAGUUACGUGUGUGCUCUCCGUGACCUCGGCAUCGAGGCUUCAGAGCUGCCCCACUCGGGUGCUCCCGUAUGCGUCCUCAGCGACCCAGUGCACUGCGACACUCCAGUGGUAACCAACGCACUGGAUGGAGUGGUGGCAGUCCUGGCCACACCUCCCAACUCGUAUUCGGCAGUCACAGACCCUAUUGACCUUGUCUGCGGCAGAGGAGGUGACUUGGCCAUGCUAGAGAUCCUCACGGAAUCUGAGAUUGAUACACAUGGAAAAGCUCGAGUUCAGUCGAUACUUGAGGAACAGAAAAAAACUUUGAAAACUCUUCUGUCUAAGCCUCAGAUUCAGCUAAUCCUGUAUGAAACUCAUUCAGCCCUGGAAGCAGAAAACCAGGCCCAAGUGACAAGGGCAGUCGCAGAAGCCAACCGAUUGGCGAGGGAGCGUCAUGCCUUACUCAAGAAAAAACAUAGAGACCAUCACCAUAGUCCCAAAAAGGAAGUUGCAGAAACAAUCGGCACUGACUCGUCGACGUCCUUGGACAACACUGGCACAAGAUCUGACGUGGAAAAAGACGACGACGAAUUCUCAGUCAGUGACGCGUCACCAAAAGCGAAUUCGCCGCCAGCUUCCAGGGGCAGGCCGCCCAGUGGGGAGACGGCGCUGAAGAAACACCCGGAGAGCGCGGACGUCGGCUCCAGGCCGGGGACUACGAAAGCCAGGCCGAUACCGGAGAUGCCUGGCGCCGAAGAAUCUUAUCCACGCGAUCCGGAUAAAGAUAACCCAGACGUUUUUGUGCCAGAUAGUGACUUAUUUGAAAUAUCAACGCUGCCAAAUCUAGGAAAUGGAUUAGAUAUUAACUAUAUUUUAGAUAGAGACGGUUGCUACCUCGGACUCAUUCAGAGGAAGGAGAUCACCCGGCUAGACGCGAAGUACAUGAUCCGAGUGGCGGAGGAGCGCGGGCUGUUUGGACACAACGCGCCACCGCCGCCCGCCGCGCGACGCAAGCGGCCCGAUGCCUCCGCUACGCCGCGGCGACGGAAAGGGGGCAAGAAGCAGACCUUUGAGGCGAGUCUUGUAGUUUGGUAG